AUGAAGGCAUGUGCCCGCAGCUAUAUUUGGUGGAGUGGCUUAGACAGGGACAUUGAAGAGAUCGCCAGAGAAUGUAACAUCUGUGGUGAGACGCAGAAGGCACUUGGAAAUGCACCGCAGCCUCACUGGGAACACCCCAACAGCCCAUGGAGCACCAUCCACUUGGACUUUGCUGGGCCUGUGGAUGGUCACACAUAUCUCGCUGUGGUUGAUGCCUAUAGCAAGUGGGCGGAAGUACGGGAAGUUAAGAAUCCAAACUCCGCAACAGUGGUGGAAAUCUUACGGAGCCUCUUUGCAGCUUUUGGUAUUCCCAAAAAGGUUGUGUCGGACAACGGGACAGCUUUUGUGUCAGAGGAAAUAAGGGACUUCAACAACAGGAAUGGUAUCAAGUACGUUACCUCAGCCACCUAUCAUCCUGCAACAAAUAAGCAGGCAGAAAGGAUGGUUGGUGAACUGAAAAGAGCCCUUUCAAGAGGAGGUCCAGGGACAUUGGCGUGCCGGAUUUCAAGAUUUUUGUCCAAGCAACACACAACUUGUCAUGCAAAGACCGGAAAUACGCCUGCAAGGCUGAUGUUUGGACGAGAGCUACCCUCUUUGUUGGACGCCUUGAAACCAGCAAAGGACACACCAAAUCGAUGUGAUGAACUUCCAAAAUCGCGAACGCCAGUGGAUGGCCAAGUGGUGUUAGUGAAGAACUUCACCGGGAAACCAGCUUGGUUACAAGGACGAGUAGUCAGAAGAGUCGGACAACGUUCAUGGAUAGUUCAAACAGCCAAUGGUGACGUAAGGCGUCACAUUGACCACAUCAAACUACGUCAGACCAUACAGCCAACGUGUGACUACAGCUGCAGACCACUGCUGACAUGGGAUUUACGUCACUGCCUCGUCGCCAGUGUUAGAUCUUGA